GAGAUCCAAAACUGUCACAAGACCAGAAGGAGGUAUUCCCGUUUCAACAGGUUAAUGUUAGUGAAGGUGCCGGUAGUUUAUGCACUACAAUGGUUAAAACUGGGGUUAGUCUAGUAGUAACAAUUUGUGCAUUGAUUUACCCAGUUCACUUACUGGACAAUGGCCUUGCACAGACCCCAACCAUGGGCUGGUUACAUUGGGAAAGGUUUAUGUGUAACGUUGACUGUGUGAACGAUCCCCACAAUUGUAUAAGCGAGCAGCUCUACAUGCAGAUGGCUGACAUUAUGGUGCAGGAGGGCUGGAAGGAGGCUGGCUAUGAGUAUGUGUGCAUCGAUGACUGCUGGCUCGCCGAUGAACGGGACUCCCAGGAUCGGCUGCAGCCUGACCCCACACGCUUCCCCAGCGGGAUCAAGAAGCUCGCCGACUACGUUCACUCUAAAGGGCUGAAACUAGGGAUCUACCAGGACGUUGGCAAUCUGACCUGUGCUGGAUACCCUGGGAGUCACGGAUACUAUGAUUUGGACGCCGAGACCUUUGCAGAUUGGGGGGUGGACCUGCUGAAAUUUGAUGGAUGCAAUUUUGGCACGUUGGACAUACUAGUGGAAGGUUAUAAAAAUAUGUCCAGGGCCCUGAAUGCGACUGGAAGGAAUAUUCUGUACUCUUGUGAAUGGCCUCUAUACCUGUGGCCGUUUCACCAGCCCAACUAUACCGAUAUCCGUCAGUACUGCAACCACUGGCGAAACUAUGGCGACGUGUAUGAUUCCUGGCAGAGUGUGAAAAGCAUUAUUGACUGGACUGCGAUCCACCAGAAUCUGAUUGUGCCAGUGGCAGGACCGGGAGGGUGGAAUGAUCCGGAUAUGCUGGUGAUCGGUAACUUUGGGCUGAGCUGGGACCAGCAGGUAUCCCAGAUGGCAAUGUGGGUGAUCAUGGCAGCACCGCUGUUGAUGUCCAAUGACCUGCGCAGUAUUGACCCGAAAUCCAAAAUGCUGCUGCAGAACAAGCACCUCAUUGCCAUCAACCAGGACCCCCUGGGCAGACAGGGCUACCGGAUCGGCAGGGUGAACAGCUUUGACGUGUGGGAGCGGCCCCUGUCGGACGGUCGCUACGCGUUCGCGGUGCUGAACAGACAGGAGAUCGGUGGCCCACGUCAGUUCCCUCUCUUGCUGGCUACUCUUCCCUCCUGGAAGACCUGCCAUCCAGAAUGCAGAGUUACCCAAAUCCUCCCCAGUUACCAGGAUCUGGGAGUCCAGAACCUGUUCUCUGCCCUAAAGCUCACAAUCAACCCAUCUGGGACAGUCCUGUUCACUGUGACAUUGAACAAGGGUCUGGCUGCUGAACAAAAAUGGAACUGGAACAUGACCAAGAAGCGGAAAACUCCCAACUCUGUAUUUUAAUACAGGACUGCCUCAGCAACGCUAAUACAUGUUGAUGGCUGGAAUUCAAAUAGAACCCAAAAUCUUUUAGAUUCUCGAUACAAACACAUCAGUUUAGCUGAAACACAUGGAUUCCAAAAAGCAAAGCGCUUAUUUAGAUUGUUUGUUUGAUUUAGUACAGAUUAUAAAUACUAAUGCAGAGGCCUCUAUGUUAUUUAAAAUCCCUUUCUGUUUCCUUUGUAGCAGAGGUCUGUAUAAAAACUUCUAUUUUAUAUGAAGCUGCUACUGGUCUGCUCGGCUGCAUUUAUUCAGCAUAGGCACCUACACUGGGUCUCAGACCCACCUCUUGCCUUUCAAAAAUAACUUGAAUUUAGCUUAAAUCUGCCUGCAGGUUGAGUAAUACUGUAGAAAUGUUCAGACAGAAUGCUUUUAAUUGUUGUAUUUUCUAGGUUUUUAUAUCAAUGAAGGGAAUUGUUUAAUAUUAAAUCAGGUGCUGCCUUAAGAAAAACAGAAAUAAACUAUUGUAAAAUCUUGAA